GGAAUUUCCGUUCUGUUGCUUGUGGAAGUUGGCUGUGGUUUGGGGUUAAAGUCCCCAUGGAGGGGACCUCUGGCUCCUCCUGUUUGCACAUUGGAUGGUUUCUGCUGCACCUUCUGUGGUGCAGGUGGUGGCUGGGAGACGUUGGCUCUCUGAGGUCUCUGCUUUGUGUGAUCUGAACUCCGGCACACUCGGGGAAGGAGAGUUCUUUCAGCAGAGAUGUUGUUCCUUUGGGUAACAGAGCAGGGGCUGUAAAUCUUGGAUCCUCCGUCCCCGGGGCAGGCAUGGCUGGGCGCCGAGGAUCUGUCUGAUGGUUCCCAGGCCGCGCUGAUGCUGCUCUGCCAGAAGAGAGAUGGGGAAAAGAUACUUCUGUGACUACUGUGACAGGUCCUUUCAGGACAACCUUCACAACAGGAAGAAACACCUCAAUGGAGUGCAGCAUCUCAGGGCUAAGAGGGUCUGGUACGACUUAUUCCGAGAUGCUGCCGCUAUCCUGCAAGAGGAGCAAACCAAGAAACCGUGUCGGAAGUUUCUGCAAACAGGACAGUGUGAUUUUGGGUCCAACUGCAGAUUUUCCCACAUGACAGAGCAGGACCUGGAGAAGCUGAGUGCCCAGGUUCAAGGGGAGCAGAGAUCAAAGGAGCUGCAGCAGGAGGGAGCAGACGUGCCCCCUGGCACCAUUGAGGACUGGCUGGAGAAAAGAGCAAAGAGACUGAGCGCGGCUCAGAGCAACAGCGCUCUGCCUGAAAAACCAGCGCCUUUCCAGUACCCGCCGGGCUGGCCUCCAGUUCAGGAUCUACCCCCGUCCCUGCAGGCCCCCCCACCCGGAGGGUGGCCGGUGCCCCCCAACCUGCAGUGGGGCUGAGGCACAGGGACACCCGCAGAGGAUGUGCUGGAGAUGGACUUCUUCCUUGCCUGCUCUAAGAAAGGGACGGAAUUAUUUAUCUAUGCUUUUAUAUCAAUAAAAGCCUCCCCCCGACACCC